GCGGGGGGGAGGGGGGUGGUGUCCCCGGCCGGUUUGGGGGGUGCGUUGCCCGGAGACGGAAAGUUUGGGAGCCGGAGCGGGCUCGGCCGCAGCCCCGGGAAGGGGGUCCAGGGGGCGGUGGCCCUGGGGAUGGGGAAGGAGCAGGAGCUGCUGGAGGCAGCCCGCACAGGGCACCUCCCGGCCGUAGAGAAGCUGCUGUCCGGGAAGCGGCUCUCCUCAGGCUUCGGGGGCGGCGGCGGCUCCUCCGGGAGCGGCGGCGGCGGCGGCGGCCUCGGGUCCUCGAGCCAUCCCCUCUCCAGUCUGCUCAGCAUCUGGAGAGGGCCCAAUGUGAACUGUGUUGACAGCACCGGCUAUACACCACUGCACCAUGCUGCUUUGAAUGGCCAUAAGGAUGUGGUUGAGGUUCUUCUGAGGAACGAUGCGUUGACCAAUGUGGCUGAUUCCAAAGGCUGUUACCCUCUGCACUUGGCAGCCUGGAAAGGAGAUGCCCAGAUAGUGCGGUUGCUCAUCCAUCAAGGGCCCUCACACACCAGAGUCAACGAACAGAAUGCUCUUGAGAUCAAAGAAUUCAAAAAGUACGGCCCCUUUGACCCUUAUAUCAAUGCCAAGAACAACGACAACGAGACAGCCCUGCACUGUGCUGCGCAGUACGGCCACACGGAGGUGGUGAAGGUCCUCUUAGAGGAGCUGACAGACCCCACCAUGCGCAACAACAAAUUCGAGACACCCCUGGACCUGGCUGCUCUGUAUGGGAGAUUGGAGGUGGUGAAGAUGCUCCUCAACGCGCACCCCAACCUCUUGGGCUGCAACACUAGGAAGCACACGCCCUUGCACUUGGCGGCGCGGAACGGCCACAGAGCUGUGGUGCAGGUCCUACUGGAUGCUGGCAUGGACAGCAACUACCAGACGGAGAAGGGCAGUGCUUUGCAUGAGGCUGCUCUGUUUGGCAAGACUGAUGUGGUGCAAAUCCUGCUGGCUGCAGGAAUUGAUGUCAACAUAAAAGAUAACCGUGGCCUGACUGCCCUAGACACUGUCCGGGAACUGCCUUCUCAAAAGAGCCAGCAGAUAGCGGCGCUUAUUGAAGAUCACAUGACUGGAAAAAGAGGUGCGAAAGAGGCCGAUAGAACCCCCACGUCUCAGGGACCUCUCAUCUCCAGUAUGGUUUCCGUAUCCCAGGAGUCUCAGGGUGAUGUGGAGAAAGCAGUGACUGAACUGAUCAUUGAUUUUGACACAAACGCUGAAGAGGAGGGUCCCUACGAGGCGCUGUAUAACGCUGUCUCCUGCCAUUCGUUGGACAGCAUGGCCAGCGGACGAUCAUCUGACCGGGACUCCAUGAACAAGGAGGCCGAGGCAGCGGGAGUGAAGACUGCUGGAGUGAGGCCUAGGGAACGGCCACCGCCUCCAGCAAAGCCACCACCUGAUGAGGAGGAGGAAGACCACAUAGAUAAGAAGUAUUUUCCCUUGACAGCUUCUGAGGUCUUGGCCGUGAGACCCUGGAUUCAGGGAAGCACAGCCCAGGAAGAGGAGGAGCAUCCUUAUGAGCUGUUGUUAACAGCAGAAACCAAGAAGUUGGGAUCCACGGAUGGGGAUGGAAAACCAAAAGACCACAGGCGGAGCAGCAGUAGCCGGAGCCAGGACUCUGCGGAGGGGCAGGACGGGCAGGUCCCAGAGCAGUUCUCAGGUCUUCUCCACGGCUCCUCCCCGGUGUGUGAGGUGGGACAGGACCCUUUCCAGCUGCUCUCUGCCCCUGGCCAGAGCCAUCCAGAAGGGUCCCCUGCACAGGGCGCCUGUCACGAGGCCAGCAUGCAGCUGGAGGAGACGGGUGUACACGCUCCUGGAGCCUCCCUGCCCAGUGUCCUGGACCAGAGUAAAAGAGCAGGUUACCCGGCUGGCCUGCCCACCACCAACAGCCAAUCGCACCCCAAAACUUUGACUCACACGGCAUCUCAACACCCUGGUGGUGCUGAGGAAGAAAGAGACCGCAGUGGGGCUAGGAGCCGAGCCCCUCCCACCAGCAAACCCAAAGCUGAACUCAAACUCAGCCGCAGCUUGUCCAAGUCUGACUCUGAUCUCCUGACCUGCUCACCCACGGAGGACGCUACAAUGGGGAGCCGGAGCGAGUCCUUGUCCAACUGCAGCAUCGGGAAGAAGAGGCUGGAGAAGUCGCCCUCCUUUGCCUCGGAGUGGGAUGAGAUUGAGAAAAUCAUGAGCUCUAUUGGCGAAGGGAUUGACUUUUCUCAGGAACAGCAGAAGAUCUCAGGUUCGCGGACGCUGGAGCAGAGCGUCGGGGAGUGGCUGGAGGCCGUUGGGCUGCAGCAGUAUGAGAGCAGGUUGCUUCUGAAUGGCUUUGACGAUGUCCGCUUCCUGGGGUCUAAUGUGAUGGAAGAGCAAGACCUGCGGGAGAUCGGCAUCAGUGACCCACAGCACCGGCGGAAGCUGCUCCAGGCAGCGCGAUCCCUGCCCAAGGUGAAAGCACUGGGCUGUGACGGCAGCAGCCCCCCAUCAGUACCCUCCUGGCUGAACUCCCUGGGGCUGCAGGACUACGUGCAUUCCUUCCUGUCCAGCGGCUACAGCUCUAUUGACACUGUGAAGAACCUCUGGGAACUGGAGCUUGUCAACGUGCUGAAGGUCCAUCUCCUCGGCCACCGCAAGCGCAUCAUCGCCUCCCUGGCAGACAGACCAUACGAGGAGCCGCCUCAGAAGCCCCCGCGGUUUUCCCAGCUGAGAUGCCAGGACUUGCUCUCCCAGACGUCGUCCCCACUGAGCCAGAAUGACUCCUGCACUGGCCGCUCUGCAGACUUGCUACUGCCUCCAGGGGACACUGGCAGGAGACGACACGACAGCCUUCAUGACCCAGCGGCACCUUCUCAAGCUGAGCGCUUCCGAAUCCAGGAAGAGCAGCGUGAAGCCAAACUGACCCUCCGGCCCCCCAGCCUGGCUGCCCCCUAUGCCCCAGUGCAGAGCUGGCAACACCAGCCAGAGAAACUCAUCUUCGAGUCCUGCGGUUAUGAAGCCAACUAUCUGGGCUCCAUGUUGAUCAAAGAUCUUCGAGGGACAGAAUCCACACAGGACGCCUGUGCAAAGAUGCGGAAAUCCACUGAACACAUGAAGAAGAUCCCCACUAUCAUCCUGUCCAUCACAUACAAAGGUGUCAAGUUCAUCGAUGCCUCCAACAAGCAGAAUGUCAUUGCGGAGCAUGAGAUUCGGAACAUUUCCUGUGCAGCCCAGGACCCAGAGGACCUCUGCACCUUUGCCUACAUCACCAAGGACCUGCAGACCAGCCACCACUAUUGCCAUGUGUUCAGCACGGUGGAUGUGAAUCUGACCUACGAGAUCAUCCUGACACUGGGCCAGGCGUUCGAGGUGGCCUAUCAGCUGGCCCUGCAGGCCCAGAAGUCCCGCUCCCUGGGGCCUUCCACCGCUGAUAUGAUUGAAACAAAAUCUUCCAAACCGGUGCCUAAGCCUCGGGUCGGCACAAGGAAGUCAGCAGUGCCGCCGCCCCCCGAUAGUCGCUGUUGUCACUGUCACACCUGCACCACCCAUCGUCCUUCUUACCUACCGCUGCCGUCUGUUAGUCCUGGAGUCAAGCUGGAACCACCUGAUACAGACCCAGAUGCCCAGUCCCAUGCCAGCGUCUCCUGGGUUGUGGACCCUAAACCGGACUCUAAGCGGAGCCUCAGCACCAACUGAGCCACUGAGGAACCAACUGUGCUGCGGAAACACAGACGUGGGGAGCACAGGCUCUCGCCGCCACCGCCACCACCGCCACCACUGUGUCACCUGCAGCUUUGAAGACCCAGGCCCAGCCUCUGCCAGGAGCAGCUCCUUGGGGCUGCCUGGCCUGGACCUGCCACUACCAGGUCUUACAGAGCAAGCCACACGCCAGACCUUGAGUGGAGGAAACUGGAAACUCCAGAGAGUCAAGAAGUGACUUGUCCAGAAGACAUUUUUUAAUAGAAAAAAAAAUUUUUUUCUAUAAAAUGAAUUUUUAAGACUUGGCUCAAACCUCUAGGUUAAACUGCCAAUCUUUAGACAGAUGGCCUCGGGAUCGGAGGACAGCGGGCCCAAGAGUGGCUCCGAGGCUGGUCUGCGCAGCCUUCAUCCCUGGCACGGGCUGCUGGUGCAGUCGGUAGGUUGAAGGGGAGGCAACAGCCUGUGGGGGAAGAGAAAGCGGGCCCAGAUGGGAGUGGGGUUGUUCAAGUCUGCUUUCAGACCCAGCCAAGUCGGUUGCUGCUGUUCCUUACGAACUGCACAACUUCUGUCCCCAUUUGGAGCCAGAUGCCACCUCUGCAAUAAGAACAGCCUUAGAGGCACCUGGCAAAAACAGACUCCCGGGCCAUUCCCGGGGUUCCAAAUGUGAAGGCGUGCAGGCCAGGCAGGGCUGAGGGAGCCAUUCCUGGUGCCAUGCAGUCUGGGCCGCUCCUUGGCGCCCAAGCCGGCGGUGGUCAGGGCACCGGCCCCCACACGCAUGGGCGACCUCAGACCUGCCUGUGUUCAGUCAGAAAGGAGAAAAAGCAGCUUUGUUUUGGGCAUUAACGGGUAGGUCAGCUAAGACGGCUACCUGCCGAUUUGUGAUUUGUCUAAUCAGGUCUGUGUGAUUAGGACUCGCUUUGAUUCUCUGAAUUACUAGUUUGACUUUUAUUUUUGGCUGCUGGAUUCAUCCCGGGCUCCAAGUGUAGAGAAGGCAAAGUAAGGUGACCGUGGAUUCGGUUCUCCCCCGGCGUUGCCUUCAGGGCAGACUGGGGCCCUGGCAUACCACUGCCAUUUAAGGCUUCCUGCUGGCUUGCUUCACUUGUUAAUUUGGACUCUUGCUCUGUGCUCCCGAGGGCGGUGGAAGCCAACGGGAAGCUCUGAGGCUGAGGGGCAGAGCCGGCUCUGCUACUGGCCCAGCCCCUUCCAGAGUAGAGAGGAGCCCUUCCUCCAUGGCCAACUCAGCAGCAGACCUCAUGCUUCGCUGGCAUGGGGUGGGCUGCUCCCAGCCCCCACAUGCCAGGCUUUGAAGGGACUUCCUUCUCAGCAAAGGCUGUGAAUUGAAAUUCCCUGUGGGUUGGGGGCACGGAGAGUGCUCUUGGGCACACUCACCACCCUGUGGUUUCCAGAAAAGGGAAAGCCCGCCAUCCUCCCGCUGCCUUGAGGCUGGGCCUCCUCUCUGGAGCAGGGCCAGGGAACCCCCACCUCCCGGUACUAAACCAGGACCUCAACACCUGAAGUCUGGCUUCACUUCCUGCUUCUCCCAAAGCCCGGGAGCCUCCCACCAGCUUGCACCACACAUGUUCUGCCCCUGCCAACCCAUGAGAAUUGACCAGGGAACCAAAGGGGUCAGUACCCUUCCUUCCCCUAACAAGGGGGGCCUGGCCUCAGCUAAGUGCGCCUCCCCUCUCGGGGGAGCCGGCAGGUCCAAAAAGCAAACUGUAGACACUACAAUGAGCUGCUCGAGCUGCCUUUUUGUUUUUAAAUCACAUGUAGGUCUUUCCUCCCCUUGAAGCUGCUAUAUCUUUAUUUAUUCAGGGUGUUGUCAUAUUGGAAAGCCUUGGCUAGUCUGUGCUGGCUCUGGGUUUGCUUUUGAGAUUGGUUUAUUUCUGGAUAGCUGAGAAGGGUAGGGACUGGAUCUUUUUUUCUUUCCUUUUUACUUCUCCCCGGGGCAGGUACUCGCUCUCCCUUCGAAAAGGGUGUUGUGAUUUCAAGGACAGGCUUCAAGCAGAAAGCCGCCCAGUCCUGCACCUGAGUUCGGCGGCAGGGUCUGAGCUGUGCAGGGCCCCUCUGGGCAGCCUUUUGAGGGAGUUGUACUUUCCCCAGACUGGGCUUCUCUGCUUGCCUCCCUUCUGCUUGCCAGCCGCUCCGAGCCGUAGGAACCCUACUGCCAGGCUGCAUGUCUGCCACCCUCCUGGGUCUCUAGCCUCAGAUUCUGGUGGGAGUUCCUCCAGAAGCCUCUGGCUGAGCAGGCCACAGACAUGGUGGCCGCCGUGUCGACAGGAGAAAGCUGGUCCGCCCUCAGUCGGCCUGCGGGAGGCCAGAUCUGCGAGAUGACAGUCGGAAGCAGCUCGUGGAAGUGGUGUUGCUAACGGGGUGGCAAUGGGACUGAAUUGUAAUAAAAAUGUUAUUUAAUCUUUGUCUCUGUAUUUUGAUACUUGAAUGAAUUCCCCCUUUAUUUUACUGUACAUAGAACUGUUAAUCUGUCUGAUUCUGUCCAAAUUACAAACAUCUUGUGGUACCAAACAUAACGAAUAUGUGCGGAACAUAGACUGACCUCACUACGCAAGACAGCAUCAACAUUCCUGGGCUUCCACCUUCGGUUCGGUUAUUUUCAUAACUGUACAACGUAGAACAGACUGAAUUAAUAAAAGAGAAGCAACAUGAAA